AAUUGGUUGGGAGGCGUUAGUUUUAGAUCCCGCCCUCUCUUGAGGGACAGGCAGGCGGUGUUGGGCUGUAGUUCGGCUGAGGGACGGGCCCGGAGAAGAAACGGACGGGGGGUCCGUAUCUUGGUAGCUGAUUCUUGCUAGCAACUGGGCGCAUUUCCCUCAUGCCGCUUGGACUAGGCCGCCGGAAGAAGGCCCCCCCUUUGGUGGAAAAUGAGGAAGCUGAGCCCAUCCGCAAUAGUCUGGGUGGGAUGGGGAUGGGUGGCAUGGGUGGCAUGGCAGCACUUCAGCCUGGACUCCCCCCUCCACCGGCCAGCCUCCGUCCUCGACUUGUGUUCCACACCCAGCUAGCCCAUGGAAGUCCCACUGGUCGGAUCGAAGGCUUUACUAAUGUCAAGGAGCUAUACAACAAAAUUGCAGAGGCCUUUAAUAUAGCCUCAACUGAGGUGAUGUUCUGCACUUUAAAUACCCACAAAGUGGACAUGGACAAAUUAUUGGGUGGUCAGAUUGGCCUGGAAGACUUUAUCUUUGCCCACACAAAGGGCCAGAGGAAAGAAGUUGAAGUGUUCAAAUCUGAGGAGGCCCUGGGCCUGACUAUCACAGACAAUGGUGCUGGCUAUGCUUUUAUCAAGAGAAUCAAGGAAGGGAGUGUUAUUGACAGAAUCCAAAUUAUUAAUGUUGGAGAUAUGAUUGAGUCCAUCAAUGGUCAAAGUCUUAUUGGCUGCCGGCAUUAUGAGGUUGCAAAAAUGCUCAAGGAUUUGCCCAAAGGUCGCACUUUUACUCUGAAGCUGACUGAACCACGAAAGGCUUUUGACAUGAUCAGUCAAAGGUCCAAAGGAGGCAAAAACAGCGGAUGUACUCAACUUGGCACAGGAAGGGGCACUCUGCGUCUACGGGCCAAGGGACCAGCCACCGUGGAAGAACAGCCCUCUGCAUUUGAGGAAAAGGCCAUUGAAAAGGUUGAUGAUCUUCUGGAGAGCUACAUGGGUAUCCGUGACACAGAGCUAGCUGCUACCAUGGUGGAGUUGGGCAAGGACAAGCAAAAUCCUGAUGAAUUUGCAGAAGCAUUGGAUGAGCAGCUGGGUGAUUUUGCCUUCCCGGAUGAGUUUGUCUUUGAUGUCUGGGGAAGCAUUGGAGAUGCCAAGGUUGGGCGCUACUAGGACUGUAAACAUACUAGACCCCCUCCCACAGAAACUAUGGACAGACCAGUGAUGAUUCUGGAAUACUACAGCGCCCUUCCUUUUGAUGCUGGGCCCACUGAUUGGAAGGGAUCCUAGAGCAAUAAGUAAUCUGCAUUAUUGACUGGAUUGUAAUGUGAACUGGGGGCAGAAUUUCUGCUGCUUGCUUCCAGCCCCUCUUGUUGGAAAUUCCCUCAGCCCUGGGUACAAUCAAGCCAUUCAGUUUGCUCUGUGUUCUAGUGUGAGAUAGGUGCUACCAGUUGCUUCAUACAGUUUGCUAUUUCUUAGAGAGGUAUGGCUGCUGCAUGUUGGAUUUCUAAGCUUAUUCUGGUUUGAGAGCGAGCAUAACUGAAAUAGCCAUUCAGAUUUAAAUGGAUAACGAGCUGUUUUUGUUUUGAGAAUCAGAUACUCUCCACGGGAGCUGAAUGAAAGGAGGGAUGGACGGAAUUGGCUUUUUCAGCUCUAAUAAAACUGGAGGAGAGAUCCUAGCUCUGCAUAUUUGCUCUGAGCAGGUUGGUGCCCGAGGAGACACACACUUCCUAGUUCUUCUGAAAGCUUGAUCACCCUUCCCCAGUUCAUCUGACAUCUGUGUUGGUACGAGGCACAUAAAAAACCAGCCCCUCCCAUUUGGGAACAUCUCACUUGGUCUCUGUCCCCUUGAUCCUGGUGACUUACUUAGACAUUAGCUAGAAGAUGCAACAGUGAUGCUUCUGCUCAAGGUUAGCACAAACUAGGUUAAGAAAUAACUUUCAUUCCAUCCCAUUACCAACAUGUAUUAGAUAUGUACGAGUGGCAAUCAGUUGUUAAAAGAGAUUCCAACUAUGAAGCAUAACUGUUGAUUUCUGCUAGGCAUCAGUUGAUGAACUUGAUCUAUUUUUGAUCAAUGGCCUCAAAUAUUGUGGCUGGAAAAUAAUUCACACACAGUCAAUUGCUACAGAGAGCACAUAUAGCAUACAUCUAACCCCCCAAGUACUGGUCCUUAUAGAUGGGUCUGGCACAUUCUGUUGUUUGAAUGUUACUCUCUCAGAACCAUAUGCAGUUUUCAGCCUCAUCUACCCUGCCCUUUUUAGCUCUGUGUUUCGGCUUUUAAUCCCUGCCAACUCAUGAUAUGUGGAUAGUACAAAGGCUAUUGUGCGGGUUCUCUCUUUCAGGGGAUGGAACUGUAUUGAAUCGUUAAUUCAAUGGCAUUUUCUCCUCCACCUCACUGAUUCUAGAACAUUCCUUUUCUAAACUGGCUGUAGCAAACUCCUCUUUUCAAAGUAAGGGGUUUUUUUUCCCCAAAAAAAUGUGGGGAUUUUUUUCCAGGAGGAAGGGCAGCAGCAGAAGUCCCUUGUUGUCUAGGUAUGGGCAUACCCUUAAUGUCUGUCUGAACUAAUUUUGUCCUGCUGACCUACCUCCUAGGGUUGGCCCAGUUCAUUUCUUGUUAUUUAUAUUCUUUCACCCAUGUGUUCAUUCUCAAAUUCUGGGCCUCUCCCCUGUGCCACAAUCCAUUACUGUAAUUAUCCAGUAAUUAAUAACAUCAUCUUCACAUACACCUUACAGCCUCAGCCCACCUACUGUAUCUCUAAAACACUAAUUCCAGGUAAGAUAUGGAGCUUGCAGGCCUCUGGAUCAUACCUCAAGCGCAGAGCGUGUGAGGCUUCUUCUAAGCCUUGCUGUUUCUUGUGUCCUGGCACUGGAAACCUCUUAGGGAAAACAGGCACCAUGUCCUCCUUGGGCAUAUUUUUGUAUUCUGCAAGUAAAUUGUCUUUAAGAUAAAAUAUAUCUAUACUAUUAAA